UGGCGAACCUGUCGAUGUUGCAAGUAUCCUACUUCAAAGAUGUACCAAGUGGCGAAUGUAAACAAAAUUUAAAUAUGCACAAACUUCUCAAAUGCCGGCAAGUCAUAACACUGGGAUUACGACAACCCUUCACCUUUCCCCGCUUCUAUGCGUCUGCUCCAAAACGAUUCUACAGGCGGACAGGAAUUUUGUUUAAUGAUGGUCUGUAUGAGAUUACUCUUGAUCAAAGAAAACUGAAGACACCAAAAGGAAAUUUGUUCAAAGUAUCAAGCGAGCCACUAGCCUUGGCAGUUGCAGCAGAAUGGGAUGCACAGGCUCCAACAAUACAGCAGAGUUCAAUGCACUUGUCAGGUCUCUGCAGCACAGCAAUAGACAAUCCAGGAAACAUCACAAAAUAUGACUUAGUCCAAAGGAUAAUUAAUUUUUUGGAUACGGAUACUGUGCUGUGUUUCUCAAGUGAAGAAGAACUAUGUGCAUUGCAAGAACAAGAAUGGGGACCAAUCCUGAAGUGGUUUCGUCAGCGUUAUGAUGUUGAGGUAGAAGAAUCAAAGGAUAUAACUGGCCCCACAGUUAGCCUCAAAUCAAAACAAAAAAUUAUCUCUCAUCUUCUGUCGUACAAUAUGUGGGCUGUACAUGGAUUUGCUUUUGGUGUUGAAACAGUCAAGUCACUUAUAUUAACAUUGUGCUGUGUUGACCGUUAUAUUUCUGUAGAGAAAGCUGUUUUACUAUCAAGAUUGGAAGAAGAAUUUCAGACCGGUCACUGGGGAAGAGUGGAAUGGGCGCAUGACCUGAACCAACAACAAACACAGGCUCGAUUAGCUGCUGCCGUGCUGUUCAUUCAUUUAAACUCUUCGAGUGCAUUCAUCAGUACAAAAGGACUUUGAAUUUUGCAUAUAGUGAUUACAGGCAGUUCACCUCUCUGAACUGUUUUUAGAGGUUUUCUUUUCUGUUUUUCCAUGCUGAAGAAAUUAUUGUGUAAAUUUAAAUGCGUAAAUUAAGUAUUAAAUUUUGUACUCAAUUUGAAACUAAUUUUUUUUUGUCAUGUAUUUCACUGCUCCAAUGCGUACUGCGUGGACACUGACUGUGAUAAGUAAUGCCGUCAUGGCCAUUAUGCCAUAAUGAGUGAGAAUAAUUAAAUAAAUGAAGUGUAUAAUA